CGCGUACAUCAUUGAGCGGUGUGAGCUCGCGCUUCUUCUUCUCUGCACGCGAUCACCGGAGCUGCGCAAAUACACGCGGCAAUCAUUUAUCUAGAGAUUGGACAGAACCCGAACCGGACCCCGACCCCGACCCCGGACUCGAACAGAUUUCUUAUCAUCAUCUGGGGAUAUUUUACAGCGCGCGCAUCGCUGCCAGGAGGUAAACAGGGAGAGAAAAGUGCACCUGCGUGUAAAUAUCACGUUAAAAGGAAUCUCGCGUGCACUGGAUAUGGGGGGUGUUAUGAAGGAGAUUCGUGUAAAAUAACUUUUUUUUAAAUAAUAUAAAGUGUGAAAGUCCUGGGGAUGGAUAAGUUGAUGGAGAGGAAGAAGGAAGGAGAGAUGCUCCUCAGGUACACGCGCGUGGAUGAAGCUGCAUCCUGAAGACGGUGUCACGAUUUUCUGCACCCCGAUCCCUGAAACCAGCAUCAUGAAUCUGGAAGACAGCGUGAUGCCAUCCUGCGUGAUGCCACUCCAUGCUGAAACACUUCUAGUGUAAACACUUUGCAACUUUGGGCUGUGACACUGAGAAGAAGUCUGGUGGCAUCUUAACAGAGCAAAAAACCCCUGGUGUGUGACAGGUAUGGAGGAGUGUAAAGUUAUUUAAACGACCUGUGAUGCCACUCUACUGUAAAAUGUGUAAUGCCUUUCUGAAGUGAACACCUUGAUGCCAUCUGGGGUGAUGCCACUGUGCAGUGAUUGGUGGCAUGCGAUUGUGUGAAGGACUGUGUGGAUGCCAUGAUGCCCCUGUGGUGUAAAAAGUGUAAUGCCAUCUAUAUUGCGACGUCGUGUGAUGCCACCGUGCGCUGAACCUUCUCGUGCCUGGUAGAAAGGAUGCCAUCGUAAAAGCACGCGCGUCUCCUGCACGGACCUCUAAGCGGGGUGUGUGAGGAGGUGGGUAAAGGGGGACAUGCACGCCGCGGACGUGGUCGCGUGCGUCGCGGUGCUCGCCGUCCUCGUGGUUUCGCUGCUGUCCAACGCGCUCGUGCUGACCUGCUUCGCGUGCAGCCUCGAGAUCCGGAGGCGCGCGGCGGGCCUGUUCACGCUCAACCUGGCCACGUGCAACCUGCUGCUCGCCGUCACCAACAUGCCCCUCACGGUGCUCGCGCUCGCCUCGGGCGACGCGCAUCCGGGCGGCGACGCGCUGUGCGCCGCGGCCGCCUUCCUCGAGACCUUCCUCAGCGCCAACGCCAUGCUCACCGUGGCCGCGCUCAGCGUGGACGGCUGGAUGGCGGUGGUCUUUCCGCUCAGCUACCGCUCCAGGGUGCGCCACCGGGACGCCGCGCUCGCGCUCGCCUACGCGUGGGCGCACUCCGCGUGCUUCGCUGCGGCCGCGGCGGGACUCUCGUGGCUCGGCUACCACGGUCUGUACGCGUCGUGCACGCUGCGCGUCUCCUCCACCUUCUCUUCCUCCUCCUCCUCUCCCUCCACCACCUCCUCAUCCUCUUCCUCCACCAACUCCUCAACUUUCUCCGGGGUGCCGUUCGCCGCCUUCACGGUGGCAUUCCACGCGCUCACCUUCCUGCUGUCGCUCGUGGUGCUGUGCGUCGCCUACCUCAAAGUGCUCCGGGUCGCGCGCUUCCACUGCAAGCGCAUCGACGUGAUCACCAUGCAGACCCUCGUUCUGCUCGUAGACAUCCACCCCAGUGUUCGACAGCGAUGCCUGGAGGAACAGAGGAGGCGACGGCAGCGAGCAGCCCGGAAGAUCAGCACGUUUAUUGGCACGUUUGUGCUUUGCUUCGCACCUUACGUGAUCACAAGGCUCCUGGAACUCUGGCCUGCAGUUCCUAUCAACCAGCACUGGGGGGUGCUGUGUAAAUGUCUGGCCUACAGUAAAGCAGCAUGCGACCCGUUUGUCUACUCCUUGCUCCGGCACCAGUACCGGAAAGCCUGCACUGAUAUCAUCAACCGCAUCCUGAAACGCAGAUCUAUGAACUCGUCAGAAGAAUGGCAGCGAGCAAACGGUCCCAACACCGUCGUUCAGGCCAUGGAGCUGCCGGCCAUGAUGAAGGAAUGUACAACCUAAAAAAGAACCCCUAGGUGUCAUGGUGAUGAGGAGCUUCUGCGCACAGAAACUGAGAAGACUAGUCCACUAUAGUGACUGCAGAUCCUACCAGAACUAUUCACUGGAGAUUAUAGAGCAGUUCAUUCUCUUGAAAAAACAACUAUACUUCAAGAGUUCCGAGCACUUUAGUUUCUGGAGAUAUGUGGAAAAUCAGGGUUCCUGUGUUCUAGAGUGUAAGAUGAACACUUUCCAGAGUGCUACAUUUUUGAACGAGGAUUUCUGAGAAAUGUUCUGGAGAGUCCCAUAUGCUACUGGACACUGGAGAUUUGUUUCUUUUUCUUUUUCAAGAGAGUUCCAGAAAAUUACAUCUUCCAUGUUUUGGGGAAUUCCAUUCUUGAAAAAAAAAAAGAUUUUACUGACAUCCAGUCUCUAUAUCUCUUUCUUUACAUUUUAAAGAGAUUUAAAGGACUGGAGAGUUUUGUUCUCCAGAGAUAGAGGUCUUUGAGCAUUGUUCUUUAGUAGGAGGACUUUGGAUUGUUCUGUUCUUCUGACCUGAAGGUUUAAAUUAGUUAGAUUUUAGAGGUUGAUCCUUUCAAUGGUUCUACAGAAAUCCUUUCUCCAUAAUGAUGGUUCUAUGUGCUAUAUAAUUAAAAAAAAAUUGUUGUUGAUUCAGUUAUCUAGAUCAAAAUAUUCCCAAGAAGGAGAAUUUAAUAUAAAAUCCAAAGAUUGAAGACAAACUAAUUCUAGAUCAUUCUUAUCAUUAUUGUUAGUGGACUAUUUUAUAGAGUAAAAAAAUGUCUAGAAUAUUCUAGUGUUCCAGACUCUGGAACGCAAAUGUGUAUUGGGUAUAAAUGUCCUAUAUAGAAUACACAACAGUUCUAAAAAAAAAAAAGAAAAUCCAUAGCAUUAUGGAGUGUGCUUAGAAUUGUAUAGCGUUAUGCUCACAGCGGAACAUUCUAGAGAUUUUAGAUCAUUCCAUCGAUCUAAAAUGCAAACAAUCCAGUUUUUACAUAGGAUCACUGGGGAGUUCUGGUAAAGAAUGAUUUUAAUGAGUUGAGCUGUCUACCAUGCAAUUUUUAUAGAGUUUUAGCCCAACUGCCUAGUAUGUAGAAUUUAAGAACGUUCUAGAAACUGCAUUUAGAGAAUGAGAGUAGAAGCUUUUACAGGUUCAUGUAGUCUAAAACAGACUGUUCUAAAAAAAGAUUUAGCUUGACUUCUUCAAAUUCUACCCAUCUAGAAAGGAAAAGAAAUCCUGAUAGAAUUAUAGUCUGGAAUCUAGAAUUAAAUAGAGCUCUGGAGAGCAUAGAGUGUUAUACAGUUAUGUUGUCCACAGCAGGAUAUUUUCAGGAGUUCCAGUGACUGCACCUGAGGAUUCGACAGAGUUUAAGUGAUUUUGGAUUUUAGAAUAUAUUUUUUGGAAAGCUCCUCGUCCAUGCGCAUUAAUCAAUGACUUGUCCAGUGACUUUUCUGGUGUAAUUAGGAUUUUGUUGGUAGCUGUUGAUUUUAUAAAUCCUUCAAAAGGUCACACACUUUUUAUAUAUAUAAAUAUCUGUAGGUUUUGAAUACCGAUCUGGUAUUUAUUCUAAAGGACAUCUUGACAAAUUGCUGGAAUCCUGAGGAUAUUUCUGACAUCAUGAUCAACACCAUUUCCCGUGCAAAGCACAUGAACACGAAUGGAGGAUUGAUCUGAAAUCAAUGUAGCAUUUGAUCUCUAACUCGACUGGUCCUCCGUAGCCCGGAGUCUAGUGCUGCUAUGGUCUGUGAUGUGUGACGAGAAAACCUUUUCAAUUCAUCACAAUUCAUUUGGACAACAAGAGCCUGGUUGGUUUGUAGAAAACAAAGUCUUAUCUACUAAUUCGGGACAAUUCCGACACACUCUUGCAGAACAAAUGGUGGGGAACUUCGCCGUGGACUUCAGCAGAACCCUCUCAUCCGUGAACAACAUGCUCUCUCUCUCUAAAAAAACUUUAAUUGUUCUCCCCACACACACUCAAGCCAACUCUCUCAGAAACCAAUUAAACCAUGACUGGCAGCUGAGAGAGAGAGAGAGAGAGAGAGAGAGAGAGAGAGAGAGAGAGAGAGAGAGAGAGAGAGAGAGAGAGAGAGAGAGCGAUGCCUCAAGGACCUGUCGGCUUAAUUGACAGAGUUCCUCUGCUGCAGAACAGGCGAAAGGACAAAUCACCUCCACUGUGUGUUUAGUGCCUUCUUCUUCUUCUUCUUCUUCUUCUUCUUCUUCUUCUUCUUUUCCUCCAGUGUAAUUGAAUUUAGAUCGAGAUCAGCUCACAUCCUGGCUCAUAUGAGACUAUUUGUACUCGAGUUAUAUAAAUGGCUAAUGUUUAUUUGUGAUGCUCGGAACAAAAGUGUGCUUUUGGGACUAUUAGUAGAAUUUGUAGCUGAUUCGAUUCGAUCAGGCGUGGUCUCGU